CACAAUAAACACAAGUGACAUUUUCAAUUAGAGGAAAGACAAGGGAAACUUUUACUUCAACCCAUGACUAAUGAAAAAGAAUGUUUUGUAAUUGCCUUAUAACUUACAAACUAACAAAGUACCUCGUGCACUUUGAUGCUUAGAAACUGACAUAAUAACUUAAUAAUCAUUAUGCAGCAAUUAGGGCAUAUGCAUAAGCAGCAGUAGCAAAGAAAAAAAGAGUCACUGUCCGGUCUGCAUCCCCCCGUCACUGCGUGCAUCCCAGAGUCCUCGCCUCGCGCCAGCGCUUCUGCUCCUGCACGUCAACUCCCCGUUGAGGAAGGAGGUUUCCAUCUUUGCAAGCGUUUGCAAACCAGAUGCAGACAAUUGCCUGUUCUUUCUACAGACUUUCGGAGUUCGGUCGUCUGCGAUUCUUGACAUCACACUGAUGGUCUUCACUUCUGCGCGCUGCACCCCGCCUGCCGGGGCGGAGGAGCGCUGGACCACAGAGACGCACAAGGAGGCGAGGGCAGGCUGAUGUUAGCAGCUGUGGAGAGACUGAGUCUGCCAGUUAAAACUACAGAGACAGCUAAGGCGAACUUAAUGAAGUAAUUGUGGUUAAUGACGUUGGUUUAGAUAACAGAUCUACUGCGUGACCACUGCGUUUGCUUGCUUUGUGAUUUGUAACUGCAUGUGUAUUUAUAGGAAUGGAUGGUUGAGGCUAGGUUGUGCUGUCAUUUCUGCAAAGUGAUGGCAGGUCCUUAGCAGCUCACUUUCAUAUUUCUCCUGGAGUUAGUGCGCGUGUAGUUACUUCUCUGCACCCCGCUGUUUACGUCUCUCAUCUGACUCUCAACAAUGGUCGCUGACGUUUCAGCGCGACACACUUGUCCAAGUCUUGUGCAUCUUUUCUUGCUCGACCGUGACUUGAUCUGCAGAUAACUUUCAUAGCUUAACAAACCAGUCAGAUGCUUUGAGAUAGCAGUGAUGAUAUUUACUCAUGUGUUCUGAUCGGUAGACUACUUUCAGUCCACUUUACAGCAAAGACAAACAGGACUAUGACUUGGUCUAAACUUUGCUCUGCGCCCCUGCGGAUGAUCCAGUGAAAAAGUGUCAAAUCUUAUGUAGUUUAAUCGUGUUAGCCUGAAGAUGUUAGGAAGUCCGUCAAACAACGGCGGCAUCAGAAUGCUGGCGCCCCCGGCUCCGAACGACGACAGGCGGGUAGAGUUCGUGGCUCUCACCGCUGUCCACACGGAGAGAAGCGAGCCGUCCACCCCGGAGCGCGGACAUCCGUCUCACCGCACAGGUCUGCUGGGCACCCCGCUGACCGGGCCGCCUGGACCCCGGGCCAACUCAUCCGCCUCAAGCAAGCGCUACAGAAAGUUGCAAAACUGCCUGUACAACGUGCUGGAGAGACCAAGAGGAUGGGCAUUCAUCUACCAUGCGUUCAUUUUUCUGCUGGUGUUCAGCUGCUUGGUGUUGUCUGUGUUCUCCACCAUCCGCGACCACCAGAAGGUUGCCAACCAAGGCCUCUUCAUCCUGGAAUUUGUGAUGAUUGUGGUGUUUGGGUUGGAGUACUUCAUCAGGAUCUGGGCUGCUGGCUGUUGCUGCAGAUACCGUGGAUGGCAGGGACGGCUGAGAUUUGCCAGAAAGCCCUUUUGUGUCAUAGACUUCAUAGUAUUUGUGGCGUCGUUGGCAGUGAUCGCUGCAGGUACGCAGGGUAACAUCUUUGCCACCUCGGCACUGCGGAGCAUGCGCUUCCUCCAGAUUUUGCGGAUGGUUCGUAUGGACAGACGGGGAGGAACCUGGAAACUACUGGGCUCAGUGGUUUACGCACACAGCAAGGAGUUGAUUACAGCCUGGUACAUAGGUUUCCUGGUCCUGAUCUUUGCCUCCUUCCUCGUCUACCUGGCAGAGAAAGACAUCAACUCAGAUUUCAACACCUAUGCGGACUCCCUCUGGUGGGGGACUAUUACUCUCACUACUAUUGGCUAUGGUGAUAAGACCCCUCGUACCUGGCAGGGACGGCUCCUAGCUGCUGGCUUUGCUCUUCUGGGAGUCUCCUUCUUUGCCCUGCCUGCUGGAAUUCUGGGCUCAGGCUUUGCCUUGAAGGUUCAAGAGCAGCACCGGCAGAAGCACUUUGAGAAGAGGAGGAUGCCUGCUGCCAACCUGAUACAGGCUGCAUGGCGUCUCUACUCUACAGAUCCCAAACACUCCUAUCUAACAGCUACAUGGUACUUCUAUGACAGCAUGUUGCCUUCGUUCAGAGAACUGACGCUACUGUUCAGUCACCUCCAGCGACAGCGUAACACCAAGAAGGUUCUCCACAACUCCUACCACACGCUGCUGUCUGGGCUGCGGCCCUACAGCUCCCCCUACCUGUCGGGAGACAGCAGUAAAAUGGGUUUCCGGGAUCGGAUCAGGAUGAACAAUUCCCGAUCCUCCCAAACCAUUCGGAACAAGGCAUCACCGCUGCCCCCGGGCCCCGGUGUCAGACGCUCUCCCAGCCAGGAGAACGUCCCCGAGAUGACCAGCCCGGGGAAGGUCCAGAAGAGCUGGAGCUUUAACGACCGCACACGCUUCCGCACCUCGCUUCGCCUCAAACCACGACCUCCUGCUGAUGUGGAGGGAGUCGGGGAGGACAGUGUAGAAGACAAACCAUAUUAUGACGUGGCCAUGGAGGAGGUAAUCCCAGCAGUGAAGACACUUAUACGAGCUGUCAGGAUCUUAAAGUUCCUUGUGGCCAAGAGGAAGUUUAAGGAGACGCUGCGUCCGUAUGAUGUGAAGGACGUCAUAGAGCAGUACUCUGCUGGACACCUGGACAUGCUGGGCCGUAUCAAGAGUCUUCAGAUGCGGGUGGACCAGAUAAUUGGACGAGGAACAGUUCAGCCCGAUAAGAAGGCACGCCCUGAAAAAGGAGAGAAGACACCACCAGAACUGGACCCACUGGAUGAGCUAAGCAUGAUGGGACGUGUAGUCAAGGUGGAGAAACAGGUACAGUCCAUAGAGAACAAGCUGGACCUCCUGCUCAAUUUCUACUCCCAGUGCCUAAAGAAAGGUUCAUCCCACUUUACCCUGUCCUCCCUCCUUGAGCCCGACCUGACAUCUGACUACCACAGCCCUACGGACCAAAGAGACCUCUUCCCCUCUGCUAACACGCUCAACAUCUCCCAGUCCGAAAGUGGCAACUUGGAAUGACAGUGAGCUGAGUAAUCUGGGGGCUGUUCGAACACAGACACAAACCCUUCGCAGUACUUCUUCCGUCAGCUGAGCCCUCACUCCGAGCAGCCCUCACUACAUGUCUCCUCUUCCCUUCAUUUCAUUUUUUGUCUGCAACCCAUCUCAAAACUGCAUCCUCACCCAUUUUCUUCGAGUGAAUGUCUCUCCACAGCUGAUUCAGACAGAGGCCACCAGAUGGCUCCACCAGACAAGGAGCCUCAGCCAAAGCUGC